GGUGAGUUCGUUCCUUUUUCUCGAUUAUAUACCUAUAUUCAUUUGUUUCUUGCGUAAUUUUGGUACUUUUAUCGUAUUUUGUUCGUUCUUUACCUUUCGACUCACAUUUCGAGAGUUGCAUCUGAGUCGUUUCACAGCGUAACCAUGCUUCCUUUGGCUGUUCCAAGUUUCAUGGAACACAGUCCAGAAGUUUGGUUUAAGAUAUUCGAGAUCGAGCUAGAAAAUAAGGGCAUAACGGCGGACCGUCCAAGGUACAAUCAGCUCGUCCCACGCCUUCCUCCGUCGGUAGUGACGCUGAUUGAGGACAUUCUACUCUGCCCAUCGAAUGAGGCAAAGUAUGAAACGAUGAAGCAAGCGAUUUUGAAAGAGUUACGACCCAGCGCACGAACACGAUUUGAGCAGCUCAAUGGUCUCAAGCUUGGAGAUCGCAAGCCGUCGACAUUGCUCCGCGAACUUCAGCGCAUCGCUGGUCCCUUAUUCUUGAGCGAAGAAGGGAUAAAGGAGCUGUGGUUUGCACGUCUCCCAGAGCCAUUGCCGGUAAUGCUGUCCAUGUUUAUAGAUGCACCCUUGAAAGACUUAGCUACCAAGGCAGACGCUGCGUUCGAACGUUUUCCGCAGCAGACGACCAGUAACUCCGGUGACGUAUUCUCACCGAUGAAAACCGAAUCUAAUGUUUGUUCCCAGUCGCUAGACCGAUCUGACUCUAAAGACGAGGAAAUUGCGCUACUUCGCAGCAGGAUAGCAGCAAUGAAGGCUUCGAAGCAGCGUGUGCCACGGUCAAAUGCUGACCACGUUUUGGCUACCGUUCAUUGCGGCUCGUCUGUGCCUGCACCGAGUACGUCACGUUCGGCACGAAAGCGCCACAUUUUCCUUACAAGUUCUCAGUCAGAUAAUGUCAAGCCCGUCGAAGAAGUAUGUUGGUAUCACCGCCAAUACGGUGGAAGAGCUAGACGUUGUCGGGCUCCCUGCAUUAGGCACGACCCAGGGAAAACGAAUAGCCCGCAUACUAGCACUACAAACGUAUCAUGCAAUAACCAAGCAAACCGACUGUUUUACGUUAAGGAUCGACGUUCUUCCAUCACGUUCCUCAUCGACACGGGAGCGGAAGUCAGCGUCAUCCCAGCGACCGCUAGCGACAAGCACUCGAAGCCUACGUACAAUUUGCGUGCGGCCAACGGUUCUCCGAUAGCUUCAUUCGGUCAGCGCAUGAUGAACCUAGACCUCAAUCUUCGCCGAGAUUUUCAGUGGGUCUUCAUGGUUGCGUCUGUACCCUUCGCGAUUAUCGGUAUCGACUUCCUCCGACAUUUUGGGUUGCUUGUUGAUGCUGGUCGCCACAGACUUUUAGACGAUCGUACGAAACUAGGUGUUGAUGGUGUCCUUUCAGAUGCCCCGAUAAUCAGCCCUGUAUUUCGAAUCGCAGACGCACCGUCCGACUACUUGAGCCUCCUCUCCGAAUACCCGCGACUGGUUCGACCGGCUGCAGAGCUUCCACCAGUCACAACAGAGGUCGCUCACCACAUAGUUACGCGCGGUCAACCAGUUAGCGCACGGCCAAGACGGCUUGCUCCAGACAAACUACGGGCAGCACGAGCCGAAUUUGACCACAUGCUUCAACUUGGUAUCGUCAGACCGUCCAACAGCCCAUGGGCGUCGCCUCUGCACAUGGUCCCGAAGAAGGUUGUGGGGGACUGGCGUCCUUGCGGCGACUAUCGAUCCUUGAAUACGGUAACCACGCCUGAUCGCUAUCCGAUCCCACACAUAGUGGAUCUCACCGCCAGUCUGGCGGGUAAAAGUAUCUUCAGCAAAAUCGACUUGGUACGCGCAUACAACCAAAUUCCGGUAGCCGAGGCGGACAUCGCUAAAACUGCCGUGACGACUCCAUUUGGUUUGUUCGAGUUUCUGCGUAUGCCAUUUGGUCUAAAGAAUGCCGCGCAAACUUUUCAGCGUUUCAUCGACCAAGUUUGUCGCGGCUUAGACUUCGCUUACGCGUAUCUUGACGACAUUUUAAUCGCAAGCUCUUCACGAGAAGAGCACAUACGCCACGUACGAACACUUUUUGAUCGUUUAUCUCAACACGGGGUGACGAUCAACGCAGAAAAGUGUUCGUUUGGUGUCGAUUCAGUUAAUUUCCUGGGCCAUCGUAUCUCUUCUGCAGGCGUCGUGCCACUGCAAGAUAAAAUUCAAGCCAUUAUCGACUACCCCGAGCCUCAUUCUUUCAAACAGCUCAGGCGUUUUGAUGGCCUGGUCAACUUUUACCGUCGAUUUAUACCCAACUGCGCCUCUCUGAUGCAACCCCUCACGGACCUUCUCCGAGGGAAACUCAAGACGUUCGAAUUUCCUACCGCAGCACGCGCUGCUUUUAAGUCGCUGAAAGAGGCUAUCGCCAACAUAGCUUCCAUAGCGCAUCACGAUCCGACCGCCCCACUGUCCCUUAGUACUGACGCCUCGGACGUCGCGGUCGGCGCUGUUUUGCAGCAACGCGUAGCCGACACGUGGCAGCCCUUAGCGUUUUUCUCCAAACGCCUACAACCUACCGAAUCUCGCUACAGCACGUUCGGUAGAGAACUACUUGCCGUAUAUCUAGCGAUACGUCACUUUCGACACGUCCUAGAAGGCCGCUCCUUUGUCGUCUUCACCGACCACAAACCCCUAACUUACGUGCUCGGCUCGACUACCGACCGAUACUCUCCUAGAGAGUCGCGCCACCUUGACUAUAUCGCUCAGUUUACGACCGAUAUACGGCAUGUCUCAGGUGUGCACAACGCCGUCGCCGAUGCACUUUCCCGCAUUCAAGCUAUCUCCGCUGACGCCGGCACUGCUAUCGACUUGGCAGCCAUGGCCACAGCGCAACUCAACGACCCUGAGGUUGAUCUACUACGCAGGUCUCCCUCAUUGGACAUACGACCUGUUCCGCUGACAUCAUCAGACGGCACUAUACUGUGCGAUUUAUCUCUGGGCACGCCGCGCCCAGUCGUCCCACGUGAGUUUCGGCAGACCGUGUUCGACGCGUUGCACGGCUUGUCUCAUCCAGGCGUUCGUGCAUCGGUUAAACUCGUAACCGCACGAUUCGUUUGGCGCAAUGUUAAUCGGGACGUCCGUACCUGGGCAGCUGCUUGCCUUCCGUGUCAACGCGCGAAGGUGCACAAGCACACGAGAAGCCCAUUAGGCACUUUUCCGACGCCAGACGCACGCUUUCAUCACGUGCACGUCGACCUCGUAGGUCCUCUGCCGCCUUCCAAAGGCUCGGUAUAUCUACUGACCUGCAUCGAUCGAUUUACUAGAUGGCCUGAGGCCGUCCCUAUCCCAAAUUGCUCCUCGGAAACAGUAGCGAAAGCUUUUAUGGAGCGCUGGGUAGCUCAAUACGGCUGUCCCGCCAUCGUGACCACCGAUCGAGGGUCGCAUUUUUCGUCAACGUUUGCCACGUUGCUUAAGGAUUUAGGCUGUCGCCACGUUCAGACGACAGCGUAUCAUCCGGCCGCUAACGGCAUGGUGGAGCGUUUUCACCGCCAGUUGAAGGCAGCGCUACGUGCGCACGCAGAUCCUUCAUGGUCUGAAACGCUUCCCCUCGUUCUCCUAGGUUUAAGAAACACGGUUAAGACUGACUUCGACGCCACACCAGCGCAGCUAGUCUACGGUUGCACGCUGCGGUUGCCCGGACAGCUGGUAGCACCAGCCCCAUGUACUUCCACUUUUGACUACGGAAGUUACACUGACCGAUUGGCUCACCAGAUGCGUGAGCUACGUCCACCCGCUCCUCGAUCGCAGAAGACACCAGUGUACGUGCCCGAGAAGCUGUCUACGUGUUCACACGUCCUUCUUCGCGCAGACGGUGUUCGACAGCCUCUUCAGUCGCCGUACAUAGGACCCUUCAAGGUGCUGCAUCGUGCGAGUAAGGCGUACACUAUUGACCGCGGUGGUCGACACGAAGUCGUCACCAUCGACCGUCUAAAACCCGCCUUUAUGGAAGAAAACCCCUCGCCUACUUCGUCUAGUAGUGCUUCGUGCGACGUUGCAACUCAUCGCACCAACUUACAUCAUCCUAGUCCAGUUCAACCAGACCACGAUCUCGGUCUGCAAGCCGUCCCAACCUCUCCCGAAUCUAGCCCGCCGCCUCCCACGACCAAUCGCCGUGGUCGGGAGGUGCGUAAGCCCGUCCGCUUCUCCGACUAUGUACAGUGUAAAUACUUUUAACUUUGUAGAUAUUGUAUAUAUUUGCCUCAUUUUUGGUCGAUUAACGUUUUGAAAACAAACAAAAAUAUCAAAAACCCCCGAAAAACCUUUUUCGAAAAAAAUAUUCAAAAACCAAAAAAUAUUUAAACACGCAGCUCAUUCGUUUGUUCUUUUUGGCGUUUUCUGCGCGUGUUUUUCUAUUUUCUCGUCUUUACAUGCCCCAACCCUCCCCUUCGAUCGACUGGCCCACACGAGGAAUGUUUUCGAGGACCCUGACGCGAACACUGGUCGCUUCUCCGCGGGACGAGGAUCGCUUCUUCGCGGGACGAGGAUCGCUUCUCCGCGAGACGAGGGUCGCUUCUCCGUGGGACGAUGGUCGUUUUCUUCGUGGGACGAGGGUCGUUAUGGCGCGGGGCGGGGUGCGGCGGGGGGAGAGACCACUCCCAAGCGCACCGUUUGGCAGCAGCGGAGGUUGAGGUCCUGUCGGCCUUUUUCUGGACUAGCCAGUUUUUUGUAGUCCGACAAGCCCGCUCCAACGGCUCGCCGAAAUGCACCCUGCCCUGCAUUCAAUAAAUAACGAAUCAUAAACGGCACAGCGGACUCCGACUUCUGAUGAACCCCCAUUUACACGAACGCACGCCCAUUUUUACUCGGCACGAUUUCGCCUCACGAACCCCGUUUCAACAUUCCUUUUCGAUUUCGAAGGCUUUCUAUGUUCAGCCUUCUAGGGGGGGAGCUCUGUAGCGCCCAAAAAGAUAACUCUGAUCUUUCGUGUACAAUUUACUUGUUGACCGAUUGUACAUUACUCCUUCUUGUUUUAAUCUUACAACCGGCUCGACACACAACUGCCUUGUAAGUUCCCGCGCUCACGUGUACGCUCUUGCCUCGCUUCAUCCGUCCGUUUCUUGUUGUAGUCCCAUCGAAUACAGUCCGCUGUGUCCGACUCCAAUUGCCUUCUGAUAUCCGCGCUUAAUUCCGCGCACCGUCUCGGACUAGUAUUAACUAGUCCUACAGAGUGUACGAUCGGCCCGCUCCACCUUUACCGAGGCAUAGAAGUAGCGAUUUUGCCGAGUUGAUAGGCAAACUUACUUCGGCGGACCACAUGGAGAGGCGGUCGAGGUCCUGCUGAAGUAUGUCAAAGUCGUCCGACGUAUGGAUCCUCCAUAGCUUCAGGUCAUCCGCGAACAAGGCACACGGCGACCGAAGGAGAUUGGGCACGUCGUUGAUGUGAAUCAGGAAGAGAAUGGGGCCAAGCACCGUCCCCUGAGGAACGCCGCUCGUCGACGGGUACCAGUCGGUCAGGUGGCUGUCGACUUGCACCCUCCACUUCCGUCCAACUAAGAAGUCACGGAUCCACUGGUGCAGCGAGCCCCCGACUCCGCACUCCCUCAGUUUCUGAAGGAGGAUCUCGUGAUUCACUCUGUCGAAGGCCUUACUGAAAUCGACGUAUACCACGUCGACUGACUUACGUUGGUUUACUGCUUGCAACCAUCCAUGCCAUGUUAGCAGCAGGUUAGUGAUGCACGAGCGGCCUCUCACGAAACCAUGCUGUGCAGGCGUCAGGAGAGAGCUGGUCUCCAGUAGCUGGAGCAGCCUCUUCUUCACAAUCUUCUCCAGAACUUUCGACAAUACUGCGGUCAAACAAAUAGGGCGGUAAUUCUCCACUUUGCGUGUGUCACCGCCUUUUGGAAUCGGUUUGACAACGGCGCAUUUCCAGUCACAAGGCACGCAGCCUAUAGACAGGGAUCGGUUGAACAGGUCGGUUACAGCAGGUGAGAUCACAGCUGACAAGGACUUGAGGAUCAGCGGAUGGAGACCAUCCGGUCCAGCUGGUUUCGUGCUGUCUAGGCAGCUGACUAGCCCAUGUACCUCCGCGGCGUCGCAGAUCAAGUCGGUUAGCUCAGUCGGUGCGGCGACGGCAGAGCUUGGCGCGCAGGUUUGGUUAGUUGCGAAUACAGAAGCGAAGUGCGCCGCUAAUGCGGACGCACGCUCGGUGCUUGAACUUUGUGGUUGUCCGUCCGAACCCACUAGCACCGGCACAUCACCUGCAGACUUCAGGCGUCGCUUCACGUACGCAAAUAUGCGCUUCGGGGCAGUUUUAGCUGAGCAAGCAAGCUGCUCCUCAAACUGACGGCGUUUUCGCGUCUUUGUGCUGUUGCACAACUUUCGUUGUCGCUUGUAUGCCUCAUAGUCAUCGGCAGAGCCAGACAGGAGGAACGCAUUCCAUAGUCGACGCCGUUGUCGAGACAGUCGGUUAUACUCUUUGUCAAACCAAUGGGGUUUCAUUGGUCCAACUUUCCGAGUCUUGAGGGGUACAAAUUGCGCACACAAUGCGUGCACUGCCCCUUUAAUGUUUGCCCAGCAAGUUUCAACGGAUGAAUCCUGUGGCAUAGACCAAUCAAGCUGAUUGGCAGCUAGAGUGAGGCCAUCGAAGUCAGCUUUCCAAUAGUUGUAUAUUGGCGCCACUG